AUAGACAAAUAUUGCGCAAAUGUAUGAUUGAUAUCCUAUCCAACGAAGAGCUCUUCAAUCGUAUCCACAAUUAUGUCCAGCAUUUGAUGAAAAUAUUUGCCAAAAACAGCGAUUUGAGUGUGUAUUUGGAGAAAACUGUUGAACUGAUUGAUGCCAUCAAUUGUCAGUCAAUUGGUGAGGACGACGCGCCGCCCCCUCCCUCUCAGCCCACUCAAGAGGUAGUGUUGAGUGCGGAUGAGUUGAAGCAAUUAGAGAUCGAUUACGCGAGGCUUUCCAUUAGAGUCGAGUCACUGAAGGAUGACUUGGAAAGCGCCGAACGCAAUGACAGCCAAUCGGAAGCCGACAGCAUUCGGGCCUUAAUCGCCGAAUACACGGGAAAAAUGAACGAUAUUAUGGAGAAACGACUUCGAGUUAAUGUCACACAAAUGCCUUUCAAUUCACAACAAUCGUCGCAAAUGUCUCAAAAUGAAAACCGAACCCAAAAGACAUUAACUGACGAUCCGAUAGCACUCGAACGAUGCCUUCAAAUAUUCAACGGUUGUUUGGAGUUUGGAGACUUCAAAGCACCGCAUCCUAUGAUUCUAACACUUAUUGACAAAUUUGUGAUUCCGUGUAUUCUUGUGCCUGAAAUCAAAGUGAGAGAACGUGCGGUCAAUUGUUUGGGUCUUUCGUGUCUAUUAUCGCAAGAGUUGGCCAAAAAACACUUCGCGCUCUUUGUUCAAAUUCUCAAUUUUGACUCGGAUUUACCACAAGAAACGGCAUUGAAAUGUUUAUUUGACUUAUUAUGUGUUCACGGAUUGAGUAGUUUUGACUACAAAUCCAAAAACAGAAGUUUUAAUAAAAGCAAAAACAUUAUCAUCGAUGACGACGAGAACGGUUCCAACGAUAAGGAAAACCAAAGCGUUCACAACAAUAGCACUCGACGACGAAGUGGUGCCACAAACGAUGGCACAGAGUCUAUGGAUGAGGACGAGGACAACGACCGCACUAUUAUCAACGAAACAGGUCUCGACGUUCUGUGCAGUGAUUCAGAGGCCGGAGACCAGGAGGACGUGGACGAAGAGGACACUUUCAUCAAUCUGUUCACCGAAUUGCUCGAAAAGCAUUUGAAUUCAGAGAUGGAUUCCAUUAAAUUGAUUACAAGUCAAGGAAUUGGGAAACUAUUUAUUUUGGGACGCAUGUAUUCGCCGCAACUGUUGUCUAAAAUGAUACUCCUUUGGUACGAUCCCGACUCGAGCGAAGAGUUGCGCCAAUUUUUGGGCGUAUUUCUGCCCAUCUAUUCCGGCGUCCGAAUGAAGGCUAACCUGAAGGGCGAGAACGCGUUCGAGGAGUGCUUCCUCAAGACCGUGGAAGUGGAUUCACAACAAUAGCACUCGACGACG